AUGGCCGAUAACAGCUCCCCAGAUUACAAAUCUCUUUAUCUACAGGCAGAAGAAGGACGGAGGCAAGAAGAGGAGAGACGGAAGGAGGAAGAGGAGAGACGGAAGGAGGAAGAGGAGAGACGGAAGCAGGCCGAAGAUGAAGGCAGACAGGAGAAAGAGAGACGGGAACGAGCUGAAGAGCGCACCCGACCGACCAGGUUCGUGGAGUUAUUGCGCCAUUCUCACAACCUCCUCUCCCGACCGUUGAGAGUUGAGACACCAUCUCGAUCGACUACCGGGAAAAUACCCCUUCCCACCGGGAAACAUUGCCCGACGCGAUUAGAACACUGGAACGUCUUUUCAACACAACAGUCGGAGCUCUACGAGUCCGUCUGUAGCUACCUUCAGCUGACGCCGGCAGGGGCGCCACGUCUGUUCUCAUCGUUGCAUGAGUUGGAAGGAUUAGGUCGACGAUUUUCUCGUACGCCUAUAAGCAGCGAGCAAGAACUCGAGGCCUAUGAGCGGUUUGCCGUGGAAGAGCAUGUCCAGGAUAUAAUUUCCGAGUUGCGCAAAAUACCCGCUGCUCGCGAUGAGUUUGGCCUCGGUGAUGGAAUCCAAUUCAGCAAUCAUACGAAUUCCCUAAAUGAGAAUGAAGCUAUUGAAGCGGAUGCAAGCCAACCGUCAAGUGUACACCGCCCAAGACCUGAUCAGUUUUGCAUCCAUCGUGUCGACGGCAACGGUGCCACGCUCCUCACGACUGUCGAGUAUAAGCCGCCACACAAGCUUUCUGUCGCAACCCUUCGUAUAGGGCUCCGUCCAAUGGACUUAUGGAAGGAGAUGGUCAGAUCAAACAAAAUACCGACAAACCAGGAAGCUAAAUUGAGGUACAAUGCAGAGCGGCUUGUCUGCUCCGCGCUUGUCCAGGAGUAUCAUGUGAUGAUCCAGGAAGGACUCGAGUACUCCUAUGUGACAAACGGGAUUGCUCGAGUCGUACUCCGUGUUCCACGAGACGAGCCUAGCACGCUUUACUACUUUCUUUGUGACCCUAACAGCGAAGUGAACCCAGAAGUUGAAUAUAGUUCUCAGCUACGGAAGACUUCUGUUGCGAGGACACUGUGUCUGUGUUUGAUGGCUUUUUCCUCGACUGCGCGUGCCCAGGAAUGGCGGAAUUCUAUGCGAUCAGAGAUUCCUAUUUGGAAGACCAGCUUUGACCAUACCCGUUCUCAGAUUCCCAAAGCAGAACUGCGGCAGACCCUUUUCCACUCAGACAGUACCAACCCGGAGUAUCCGAGUCCGGAAUCGGGCUCGUCUUAUGAAUUACCGUCGUCUCCACCGGAUUCUCCAACAGCAGCAGCCCGCCGAGUGUCUACAAGGUCUCAGGCAGGCUGCGCACCGUCAGGUGUACCACACCGCUCGCAGUCGCCAGACUCAUCAGGCUCCGAUUCGAACCAAGCAACAAGCCGCAAGCGGGGCUUCAGCCAAGUUGCAUCAUCCCCGUCUACCCAACGAGCAGGUCGUCAACAGGAUAACGGAAAUAAUCAAGGCAACCAGACCCGACAUCGCAAUACACAAUUUUGCACCCAGCGAUGUUUACUCGGAUUGCAAUCAGGCGGUGUCCUAGACGACUUCUGUCCAAAUGUGAUGCUCCAUCGUCGAACUAAAGACGAUCUUCGACAUCCGAUAAGCUUGGGAGAUUUGGUGCGUUUACUUAAAGCACAGUUGGACGAAAACAUUGACCGCUGCAUACCGCUCGGAGAUUGCGGGGCAUACGGUGCGCCAUUUAAACUUACCUGCGUCGUAUAUGGCUACACUGUCAUCGGAAAGGGAACCACGUCGGGGCUGUGGAAAAAGUCUCCCGCGAAGCGCAGGUAUACCAAAUUCUGCGAAAGGUUCAAGGGUCUGCUGUGCCUGUUUUUCUGGGUACUCUCGAUCUGGCGAAAAUCUAUUUUCUUCAUGGAGCUGGAGAAAUUCGUCAUAUGCUCGUGA